AUGUCGGAUUCAAGCACUGAUGAGAGUUUACCAAACCUUACCGCGUUUAUCCAGACGGAUCCGUAUAUACGACACUAUGAGGGAGAGCUGCGCAGAAGAUACAAGCGGUUUGCUGAGCGUCUGGCACAGUUGGAGGAGGCAGAAGGGGCCUUUGAUUACUUCACAUUGAGUUACCGGUCCUUCGGUAUUCAGCGGCGAUCCGACAACGGUCUGGUCCUUAGGGAAUGGGCACCGGGAGCGGAGGUCAUCUUCCUGACUGGGGAUUUCAAUUCCUGGGAAAAACAGUCUCAUCCUUUCACGCAGAAAGAAUAUGGGAAACGGGAACUACUUGUGGUCCUGACUAAAACAGGCGAAUGUCUGUUUCGGAUCUCUCCAUGGGCCAAACAUGUCACAAAAACACUAGAUUCUGUCACCUAUGACUGGACUCACUGGGACCCUCCACAGCCAUACCAGUUCCAGCACCCCAGACCCCCACGGCCCAGCAGCCUUCGUAUCUAUGAGGCCCAUGUGGGCAUCAGUUCGCCUGAGGAAAAAAUUGCCUCGUACAAAAACUUCACCAGAGAUGUGCUUCCUCGCAUUAAGGAUCUUGCACACCAAUUCACUACAAAAACCACACAUUCUCUUUCCCUCAGCCGCUUCGGCACUCCUGGUGAUCUGAAGCAUCUGGUUGAUGCUGCACACUCCAUGGGCAUCACGGUUCUUCUGGACAUGGUCCACAGUCAUGCCUCCAGCAACACAGAAGAUGGGCUGAACUACUUCGACGGGACCGACUCCUGCUUCUUUCACGGAUGCUCCAGAGGAAACCACUCGCUCUGGGGCAGUCGACUCUUCAAUUACUCCAGCUGGGAGGUGGUGCGGUUCCUCCUCUCAAACCUGCGCUGGUGGAUGGAGGAGUAUCACUUUGAUGGCUUCAGGUUUGAUGCUGUGACUUCAAUGCUGUACCACCAUCAUGGCAUCGGCACGUCGUUUUCGGGGAACUACAGCGAGUACUUCGGGAUACAUGUGGAUGAAGAUGCACUUGUCUAUCUGAUGCUGGUCAAUCACAUUCUCCACAAGCUCUACCCACAAUGCAUCACUGUAGCAGAGGAUGUAUCAGGGAUGCCAGGCCUGUGCCGGUCCAUUGAAGAGGGAGGACUGGGAUUUGAUUAUCGUCUGACCAUGGCCGUGCCAGACAAAUGGAUCCAGGUCCUGAAGGAAGUUCGGGAUGAGGACUGGGAUUUGGAGAACAUUGUUCACACCCUGACCAACAGAAGGAGAGGGGAAGCAUCUAUUACCUAUGCUGAGAGCCAUGACCAAGCCUUGGUUGGGGACAAAUCAUUGGCAUUCUGGCUGAUGGACAAAGAGAUGUACACCAACAUGAGCGCUCUUAUUGCCAUGACGCCUGUUAUAGACCGCGGCAUCCAGCUGCAUAAACUCAUCCGUCUCCUCACUCACAGUCUAGGAGGGGAGGGCUACCUCAACUUCAUGGGUAACGAGUUUGGCCAUCCGGAAUGGCUUGACUUUCCCAGAAAAGGAAACAACGAGAGCUACUAUUAUGCCCGUCGCCAGUUCAACCUUGUGGACAUUGAGCAUCUGCGAUACCGACAACUAUACUCUUUCGACCAUGACAUGAAUCUUACAGAAGACAAAUACGGCUGGCUGGCUGCCGGUCAGGCAGCAGUCACGACUUUGAAUCAAGCUGACAAGGUGAUCGUGUUUGAACGCUCAAACCUGCUGUUCAUAUUCAACUUCCAUCCCUGCAACAGCUACAUCGACUACAGGGUGGCAGUGGAGCAUGCUGGGAAAUAUAAGAUCAAAUUGAACUCGGACAAGCUUCAGUACGGGGGUCACGGGAGGCUUGUGCAGGACACAGUGUUUUUCACAGAGCCCAUGCCUUUCAAUGGUCGAGCCCAGUCAUUUCUGAUCUACAUUCCUUGCAGAACUGCUCUGAUCCUGGCAAAUGAGGACACUGAUUUCAGACAUUGA